UAAUUAUAUCAACCGAAAACCUCGUUGGUUCCUUCAUUUCAUUUUUCUUCCUAGGUUAGCUAUAGCUUUCUUUCUGCUUAUCUUGUUCGAAAAUUUACAAUUUCAGUUAGGAUCGUGAUUAAGACCCUAAUCGAUCUGCCAGUGUCAUUGCUUCUGGUUCUGGGCAGUCGAUCGGACUAAUGAUCGCUGUCCCAGAUUCCAGUACUACGUAGGCCUGCUCCAUCUAUCAUCAUUUUGAUCGAUUGAUCUGAUCUGGUCUGAUCUGUUCUGUUUGUUUAUGUCUCACCUCCUCCAUCUUUAGAAACUACAAGUUGGAACACCCCGCAGGUUAUCACUGCCAGAAUGGGUUGUGGCAUUUCCAGGUUUGGACGGAAUAGUCCUGAGAGUGAUAACCUUAGUUCCUCUUCUCAAAGUAUGCCUCAGCCACAGCCGGAAGGGGUGAAUUCCGCAGAUGGGGUGCAGGAGCAAGAAGAAUCAACGCCACCUUCACCGGAACCGGCACCGGCAGCAGUAUUAGAAAGAGAAGAGAUUGAGAGGAUCAAAGUAAACCAACCCGACAGUAAGGAGGAUGCAGACGAGGACAACAACAAACAUGGUCAUGAAGAGGCGGAUGAUAGCAUCUUUAGAUAUCCUCGUUCCCCAAGUUUUAGGGAAUAUUGCACCGACCCUGAAAUUCGAUUUGGGGUUGACAGCAGCCCGGACAGCGAUGAUGAUGAUAUGGAUAGUCAUCGAACAAGUAGGAAGGUAAGCAAAUCAACAGUGUCAUCUCCGAAUGCACAAGACAAGCAGCUGGUGCCACAGUCAGGAUUAAAUGGUGAAACGGAGGCGAAAGAUGACGGCAAAGGAAGACCGUCAGCGUUUUCAUCAACGGGACUAAAAAUAAGAAAUGUGUUGGGGAACAAAUGGGGGCGGAGCACCACGCAAGGAAGAUCAUUAAGAUCCUACUUUCAAGUCUCCACUUGGCACAGACCCAGUUAUUUUACUAAAUCAUCAGUUGCAAAAGCCGAAUGAUCGAUCGAGAUGCAUUCUAAUUAAGUGGCAAGAAAUGCCUGCAUGCAGACCCUCGUGCAUGUCGCAAGAACCAGCUAAUCUCAGCGGUGAGUACGACGUUCUAGCUAAUUGGUUUCCUUUUUGCACAUUCUGUCAUUCAGUUCCCCUCUGCCCUGUCCUUGCUUUUGUAUUGGAUUAAAUAGGUGUUUUCUUCCCAUUUCUGUGUAAGCGGUUGUACGUAGUUGCCGACUUGCCUGUCCCUCUUUGAACCGGUUAUGCUUCUCUUCUUGAGGAUUGCCUAGCCUCUUAUUAAAAGUCCAGGCUUUCCCGAUAAAAUAAGCCUUUGAUCGA